AUGGACCUGGUCAUCACACAGCAGCUGGCCUACGCCGAGAGCCAGCAAGACGCCGCCUCCCUGAGGAAGGCUUACGAGCUGAUUAAAUCUGCCAACCUAGGAAAAUCCGAGUUCGACCCCUCGGAGAGCUUCAGCCCGGACCUGUUCGUCCUGUGUGCAGAGCAGGCCUUCAAGAUGGGGCAGCCGGACGUGAGCGAGGACUGCAUCCAGAUGUACUUCAAGGUCAAGGGCCCGGUCACCCAGUUUCGGGGCCGGGCGUACCUGUGCCGAGCCCAGCUGUGCGCCCCACGGUCCUCUGAGAACCUGGAGGAGUUCAAUAAUUGUGUGACCGAGUACAUGAAGACGAUAAACUUCGCGAAAGGAGAGCCCAGGUAUUACUUUUUGGUUUAUAAUGCAUCAGUCCUCUACUGGCGAAUGGUGAGGCCGUUUCUCAAGCCUGGAUACCGCCACCACCUCAUUGCCAGCCUCUGCCAGAUUGUUAACGUGUUAAAUCAGACUAAGGAGGAGGACAAAGAGUGGCGUGCUGAGCUGAUGCUGGAACUUAUUGAGUGUUAUCUGGACGCUGGAAAAAACGAGGAAGCUGCUAAGUUUUGUUCCAUUGCAGCACCGUUCAUAAAAGCUAAUGUGCCACAGAAAUAUCGGCAGAUAUUCUCUGUUAUGGUACGUCACAAAUUAAUGGAUGAGCAUCAUUUAAAAGAAGAAAUAAAAUCUUCAAUUAGCCUGUCUGUCUCUUUCCACAUUAAUAUGCUAAAAGCAAAAUUGGAAAACAAUGAAUUACCAGAAGAUCCCAAUACAAUUCUGAAGGCUCUCUAUAAGCGUUUAGGUUCUUAUAAUCACCAGCGCUUACUUUCUAUCAGAGAAGAAAAGAUUCUUUUGGUCUUUGAACUAGCCCGUCUUUCGUUGACCUUGAAAUGCGAGGAGAUUGCUUCUGGCUGCAUCACAGACCUGAAGAAAAUCGAGAACGAGAAGGCAGAUCCCGGGAGGCUGAUUGAAAUUGAAUGCCUGGAGUGUGAAUUUGAAGCUUUAAAACUUGAAAAUAAAAUUAAAGUCUAUAUCCGAGCUGCUGUGGAGGCCCAGCUGAGCAUCAUCCAGAGGCUGGACGUGGCGCUGCAGCACGCCGUGCGCCUGGGCGACCCUGGCGUCAUCCACGUGGUGUGCACCACGCAGUGGAACACCUGUCUGCCUUUGCUCCAGCACAACCUGCGCCACCGCCUGCAGAAGGCCCUGAGCAACGUCGCGGAGGUCCUGGAGAAGGUGGACAGCCUGAUGGUUACGCUUCGCUGCCAAGUGCACAUGGAGAUGGCACACAUCGAGGAGGACGAGGACCGCCUGGAGCCCGCCCUGGAGCACCUGCAGAAGGCCAUGCGCCUGGACAGCCUGGGCCUCUACCAGGACCAGCUCAGGAUGGCCUCCAACCGCCUACACCUGUGCACCAUGCUCUACCAGUCACCUGAGCGUGCGGAGGACAAAGCCAUCCUGGCCAUUGAGCAGGCGAAGAAGGCCAUGCCCAAGGACAGUGUCCGGAAGAAGCGGGCCCUCCUGGUGAACGCUGGCCUGGCCCUGGCACCUGACGCUUUCCAGAUAGUGCUGGACAGCGAGAACGAGGCCAAAGUCUCCACUGGGAAAAUCAGGAGCCGGUUCUCCCACCUCUUUGCCAAAGCUCGUCACUACAUCAUCAGUGUGGACAAAGCUGCUGGACACUCACGGCGUUUGGGGAACGAGAAUGACAAGGAAAGAAUACAGAUCUGGGCCGAGUUAGCCAAAGUGGCGCGGAAGCAAGGCGUAUGGGACGUAUGCCGCUCGGCGAGCCGGUUCUGCCUGCUGUACGACAAUGUCAAGGCCAAGAAGCCGCCCAGGAUAAAGCGAGGGAAGAAGAAGCGAGGCCCUGAGAGCUCCAUGCACGGCAGCUGGGGACAGUCGGAGCUCACCCUGCAUCGGCAGGAGGCCCCCAACCUGCUGCGGAAGUUUGCCGAGGUGGGCUUCAUCAAUGCCGAGGCCACAGUCCAUCUGCUACGGUCGGAAGGGGUACAGCUCAACGACCGCCCCAUCCCGCCAGAGGACUUGAGCCAGCACCCAGCCGGCUAUGUGGCCACACCCCCGGAGGAGAACUCGGAGUGGAUCACAUACAGCACCUGGAUCGAGAACCUGUCUCAGUACGCCAUGAGCAACUGGCUGCGCUCUGCGGAGAUCGGGCGGGAGCUCCGGGAGGCCUGGCUCGUGCAGAACGCCGUGGUCUACAUGCUGAACCACAAUCACCACCUCAUUUCUGCCGGCCGCCAGAGGGAGCUGGUGGACGCGCUCCACGCGCUCUUGAACAUCGUCAAGGCCACUGGCCACAACGGGGACCCGGUCACCCUGGCAAUGCUCUGCAACGCCCUGGCUCGAGGUCUGAUUCUCAGCUGGAUUCCCACCCAGGCGUCGGAGAAGUCCAAGAGGUUCAUGCGAGCGAACCUGUUCCAUGCGGCCCUGGACUCGGGCGCUACCUCUGAGAUCAGGACUGCGGUGGAGGUCUGCGAGUUUGCCCUGAACCUGACCAACGGGAGCGUGCCCGAGGACGUGGUGCCCACCGGCGUCCGGCACCAGCUCAUCGCCACCUGGGUGAAGGCCAAGCAGCUGGUGCAGCAGCAGAUUGGGCCCCGGCUGGGCACGGACGACCCGAGCGUGAGUGAGCACAUCAACUCGGUGACGAAGGUGCUUGUCGCUGUGGAGAUGUACUCGUGCAACGGGCUGGGCCUCAUGGAUUUCAGUGUGCCCCCCCUGGCGCAGUUGGUGAAAAUGGCUUCCGAGUGCAACUGGUCAGACCCCCUAGUGGAGCUGCAGACCCUCACUCGACUGACCCACUUUGCCUACGCGGCCCACGACCAUGAAGUCACCAUGCUGUGUUCUCAGAAGGCCAUCCAGAUGGGCAUUAAGUACAUCAGGAUAUUUGCACCGCCUGAGGCUCGGCUCGUGGCAGAAAUGCUGAGCACUGCUGCAUGCAUCCAAGGCAAGAGCAUCAUGGAGGACCUGAAGGGGCAGAAGCAGUCACGCCUGACGGCAGCGAAGGCGUUCAUUGAGAGUGCAAGGUUCGGGGGCAUUGCGGGGAGCAGCGCCCUGGUCAUGCUGGCUGCCAGGCACUACUGGAACGCCUGCCUCCCGAUGCUGUCUUCCGGGGUCAGCCGGAAGAAGGUGAAGGGCGCAGUCCAGAGGAUCAUCGACAUCAUCAACAAGACGGAGGCCAAGAAGCAGGAAAAAGGGAAAACGCUCCUCUUGCACCAGUGGCCGACGGCGGACUCCCAGAGCUGCGGGACGGCCGAAGGCUGCUUUCUCCCGGGGGCCGAGGAGGACCUCACGCUACGGGUGGCGCUCUACGGCCUGCUGUUCCACAGCUAUGCUGACCAGGACGACUGGGAGGGCGGCCUCAAGGUGCUGGACGAGGCCAUGCAGGUGCUGCCGCGGACGCCCCACCGCCUCUUGAUUUUCAAGCACAUGGUGAUUGUGAAGGCCAAGCUGGGCCAGAACUUCUCAAUGGAGAUACAGAAGUUCAAAGAUGAGAGUGAGGACUACCUGGCGCACAUGUGGCACCGCCUGGCACUGAACUCCAAGAGCGUCUACGGGGAGCUGAGGUGCUACCACAACGCAAUCCAGGCCCUGCAGAAACCCGAGAGUGCGUGGCAGAAGGUGGACUACAUCCUGGAGCUAGGUGAGUGGCUGUACUACCAGCAGUGCCCUCUAGAGGACGUGCUCUUCCACCUCACAUGGGCCAUCGAGAUCCUGCUGGCCAUGCAGCACCCCCGCAGGGCCGACCAGCCAGGAGGUGAGGAAACAGCCCUGGAGGGGUCAGACACCCCUCCAGCGAUGGUGGAGGCGGGGACAGCAUCCUUGGAGAGCCUCAGGGACGUGAGGCAGCUGGAUGCGCUGGCCUGCGCCCACAUCCUGCUGGCGCUGGUCUUGUCCCCGAGCUCACCCCAGUACCAGGACUGCUGCCUGACAGCGUACACCUUCGUCAGGCACAUCUGGCAGAUUUCCUUGUUAACAGCAGGAAACUCAAUUUCAGAAAGCAAAACUCUAGCUGCAAGUAGUUCACCUUUGUUAUUACCAAAAAAGGAGAAAGAAAAAAGCAAAGAGAAGAAGGAGAAGGAGAAAGGCAAAGAGAAGGAGAAGAGCAAGGACACCAAGCAGGUACCACGAGUGGGUGUAGAUCUCAAAUUCUCGCCUUCACAGUCUCAAACCCCUGUUCCCGGCAAACGACCUGAGGCUCUGCCCACCAGUGUGGAGGAGUGGGCUUCCUACUCCUGCCCCGAGGAGAUCAUGGCACUAUUUAAGCAGGACAGGAGCGACUUCACUGUCAACCCAUCGAGCAUCCAGAAGCCCACCUACAGUUUAUAUUACCUGGACCACUUGGUCAAUGCCCUGAAGGAGAUGUUCCUUCAUGAGCUCACGAUCCCAGUUCUUCAGUUGGGUGUACUCAUCGCGGACUCCGUGGUGGAAAGCAAGAGCCUUGCAGACCUCUACCACCUCAGACUUGCACAAGUGUGUCACGAUUUGAAGCUGAGAGAAGCAGCCACCUACCACGAGGAAGUGGUUGGGCAGACGUACAUCGGCGAGAUGGAGCAGGCGAGCUGCAGAAAAGAGAUCGCCUUGAAAAAAGAGAAAAACAAGGAGCCCCUGCUGGAGGACAGCCUGCCGGUGCUGACCGAGCUGAUGGCCCCAGCACAGCCAGAAGCCAUCAGACCCCUGGUGGCCAAGGACAAGAUACUGAAGGUGAACAGUGAGACUGGGAAAGGCCUGGACGGGGCAUCCUUCCCCCUCCUGUGGACCCUCAAGGCGGAGGUGCUCCUGGAGAUGGAUCUGCAGCAGCCGGCAAGGCUGCUCCUUGCCGAGGCGCGCCUGGCCUUCCAGGAGCUUGAUGACCCUUGUGCAGAAUCAAAGUGCUGGUACCUUCUAGCUCAGCUGGCAAAUAAGGAAAAUAACUACGGACAGGCUGAGAAAAUGAUUGAGAGGGCCCAGCGCCUGGGCGGGAGUGAGGACUUUUGGUACCACUCCACCCUGACGCUGGCAGAGACAAUCCUGUCCUUAGAAAAUGGGGCGAGACACACGCGGGUGUGCCGCCUGUUUCAGAAGCUCAUAGAUGCCUUCACUGUCCUCAAGAAGGAGCGGCCCAACAGGGAGUCUCUGCUGGAAUUCAUGACCACCGACCUGGAAGCCAGGUGUGUCGGCCUGCAGAUCCGGGCCAUCCAGGGGACCGUCCACAGCGAGCCUUCCGAGUACUCAAUGCUGCUGAACAAACUGGACAGUUGCUUGCUGGAAAUUGAGAAAAAGUUCAUCAACUGUGGCUACAAAGAGAAGUGCGUGGACAUAAAACUGGAGCGUGCAAAGAUAAAGAGGUUAAGUGCCCAAAACGAGAAAGAUGAGGAACAGAAAACUGCGUGUUACCUGGAGGCGUGUGACUUGACCCAGGGAGCCGUAGCUGAAGAAGAGGAGCUAUUCCACAGGAUUCAGGGGCUGCUGGCCCUUCAAGACCUGCAGAAGGUGAACACUCCCCUGAUGAGGAAGCUUGCUCACCUCAAGCUCAGCCUUGCAGAAGUGUCUCUGGACAUGCUUCAGCUCAUCUGGGAGGAGACCCUGGAGCAGCAUUUCGAGCAAGGGUCGAUGGAUAAACUGCUGGAAGAGUACCUGCAGAACGCCAGCGACUACACGUCUGUCGGCCUGAAAUGGUUCACGCUGAAGCGGACUCUGGCCCACAUCACGCUGGCCCAGCUGAGCAGCCUGCAGCCGCUGUGCACCAGCUGUGCCGAGAUCCGUGCCCGCAUGCUGGGCCUGGCCGGGAGGGCCCUGCACCUGCUGGCUGUGAACAUGAGCCCCUUGCGCCCAGCCUUCUGUUGGGAUGAGAGCCUCCUGGUGGAGGCCAAGCUGAGCAGCCUCAGGUCUCCGGAGGUGGAGGGAGAGGAGGGGGACGGCGUGGAGUCCAGCCGGGACCUGCCGGCCUCCAGAGCACAGCCUGAGGGGCACAGCAAGAAAGGCGCCGACCUGAAGAGGAAGAUGGCAGUGGCACAGCGGUACCUGGCCCAGGCAUCCGAGGUUCUGCUACAGGGCCUGCAGGCGGCACUGGGCGCCGGGAUCCUGGAAGUGGCGGCGGCAGCCAGCCUGGAGAUGGUGGAGUGCGUGGGCACCCUGGACCCCACCACCACCCUCCAGUUCUUGGCGCUGUCUCAGAGCUGCACAGCCUCAGAGAUGAUGCAGGGUGUCCUGCUGGCCGCCACGGCCGACACCGGUAGCUCUCAGCUCGCUGCCCUGCUGCAGCUGCAGCAUUGGCUGAAGCGCCAGGGCAGGACGGCCACCAGCCUGUUUGCCAGCGUGGAGCAGAGGCUGGCCACCACCUCCAAGGCUUGGCAGAAUCUCCAGGUCACUGAACAACACUUCAAUCUCCUGAGUGAAGUUCCUCCCAUGUUCCGGGUCCUCUUCCUGCACCAUUCACGAGACAGGUCCCGUCUGUAUGGCGCUGUAUACGAGAGGCCCAAGCUUAUUCCCACACCGAAAGGAAAGCAGCUCCCCACAGGGGGCUGCUGCAAGGUGGCUCGGGUGGCUGUGGACCCCAGCGCCCUCGAGCACCUGCUGGCCAACAUGCGGCAGUUCCAGGAACAGCCCCUCGUGGAUGUGUACAGCAAGGACAAGGCUGUGACCAUGACCAGCUCGGUGAAAAACACUCAAAUUCAAGAGGAAGAAAAUUACCUUCGGAGAUUCAACGAUGUCCUGAGACCCUUGGAGGAAUACCUGAAGCCACUGCUUCCGCUGAUGGCGUGUCCUGAAGCCAGAAUACAGGCCCCUGCUUUUGCCGCGGAGCCGGGGAAGUCCAAGGGUAAAGACAAGGAGAGGAAGACAUCUCUGGGGCCCGCUCUGCCCGAGGCUGCGGACAACGUGGUCCUGAUCGUGGACCAGCACCUCCUGGCGCUGCCGUUGGAAGGCCUCUCCGUGUUCGAGGAAGGGUCAGUGUCCUCUGUGUCUCGAGACUUUUCUCUUCAGAUGCUGAUGAAUCGCCUCCACAGGGAGGAGACAGAAGGCAGUGUGAAAAAGGAGAGCAAAGGCAAAGAGCCCAAGAGGAAAAGUCCAGCAAAGAAGGGCAGGAAGGGAAGCGUGCCCCGGAUCCUGCCUCCUGACUGCAUUGUGGUCGACUCAGACAACUUCAAGUUCGUUGUGGAUCCCUAUGAGGAGGCCCAGAGCAUCGAAGUGCUGACUCCUGUCUUCGUAACCCGGGAAAUUCUGGAAAGAUUCCGAGACUCGUUCACUGCCCGAUGGGUUGGACAUCUGGGAAAUAAGUACUUUCCGAGCCAGGCCGAGUGGGAGCAGCUCCUUGGCAGCUGCCAGGGCUUCUUCUUUUACGGGAUGGAGAACUUCCUGUCCCACAUUCUGGUGGAAAGGCUGGCUGCCAUGAACUUACAAGAGUGCCAGGUGAUGGUGCUGCUGGACUUGGUACACUCCUUCGAGAGCAUGCGGCGGAGGUCUGAGCUCGCAGAGAACAAGAGUGCCCUCCAACUGUCCCUGGAGGGCCCCAUCGAGACUGCCGUCCUCCUGAGCCUGGUGGGCGUCAGGAGCAUCCUGGCGAACCAGUGGCCCACGCUGCUGCAGGACAAUGCCAUGCGGGCCAGCGUCCUAUGGGACAAUCUGCUGGCGGUCGGAAAGUCUAUGGGGCGAACGGUCCGUCUCCUCCAGAAGAUGGGCAGCGAUGAUAUGGCCAGCCAAGCCGAAUCCUCUCAGACCUCCAAGGACAUGCUGGCGUCCCACCGGUGGCAGCUGCGCAGGCCGGAGCUGCUCCCCACCGCCCUCAACCUGGUGCUAUAUGGGCUGCCUCACCAAGCCAUCGGGGCUGUCAGGCCGGGGGUGGGCAAGGGCAGUGAGGCGCCUGGGCAGCCCCAAACCCCUUUCCUGGAGGAAGUAACUGAAGAGAAAGCAGAUGUGGCCUUGAGGCUGGCUCCCAGGGUCGGAGAAGACCAACAUCACUCAGAGCUGGCACAGCCUCCGGGCCCACCCCAGCCGGGCUCUGUGGGCUGCCCCAUUCAUGCUGCCCGAUGGGAACCUUGUGACAGCUCGACUCCCACGCCCGGUUUCCCAGAUCCCGGCACUGACUACGCAUUACACGUACUCCUGGACACCGGCGUGCCCUUCUCCGUCUCCCCCGGCUGUAAGGCAGCAGGUUCUGGAUUCCGCCAGCGUGGGGUCCAAGCCCGCCCCACCUCUCAGCAGCCCCGGCGCCCACCACUCCUGCCCACGCUGAAGGAGCUGGGUGCCAACCUACAGGCGUGCAGCUUCCCCAAGCUCCUGCCCGCGUGCAGCUUCCCCAAGCUCCUGCCCGCACUGAAGGAGCUGGGUGCCAACCUACAGGCGUGCGGCUUCCCCAAGCUCCUGCCCGCACUGAAGGAGCUGGGUGCCAACCUGCAGGCGUGCAGCUUCCCCAAGCAGCCGAAAGCUCUCCAGCCCAGCCAGCUCUCUCCCGGACCCUCCUCCUGGCUCAGGGAGCUGCAGGAACUGGGGCAGAGAGCAGCCAGCAGUUCACCCGUUCGUCUCCCUGUGCUCACGGCUAGAUGCCAUAUCCCAGCCUUCUCUCGAGUUCUGGCCAACGGAAGGAUCCGGAGUCAGGCUGCUCUGCGCAGGGCGGCCAGUAGAGGGCGCGAGAGGGAGGCUGGACGGAGGAGGGAGGCGCCUUCGUUCUCGCGCUACGUCACACGCUGCAAGGGUCGCCUCUGCGUUACCUCAGCGGAAGCCCUGACCAGCCCUGUCUCUGAACACCUGGGUGGUCUCGUCCUGUCUCAGCGAGGCUGGGAACUGGCUCUGAGAAGCGGUGACAGUGGGCUGCUGCCCGCGGGCAGGCACGAGAGUAAGCUGGGGAGGCGGCCCCCCCAGAGUGCCGCCCGCAGGGCCCGCCUGGCGCACGUCUCCUUCAAGGCCAGGAGGUGGCACUCGCGAAUCCCCAUCCCGGGAGGCCGCACGCGGCUCCUGGGUCUGUCCCGGAAAGGGGGGGGGGGACGUUUGCCCGGAUCCUGUCCCCGGCGGCGGGGCGGCGGGAUGGAGCCAGCGUUUAGAAGGUGGGGGAACGACCCCCGUGGCCAGAAGCGGGUGGAAAAGGAGCCGCCCCUACUCACCCCCGCGCUCUCAUUCACCCCGGCCACCUCUCCCGCACCCCGAACUCACUUCGCUCCCAUCCGCAUCUCCCACCCCACAACCCCGGGGUCCUCGGCUGGCUCCAUUCCUCAAUCCAGGCCCCCAACUCACCCCAAUUUACCCCGGCGCCUCCAAUCCAGGAGAGCCGCGCGCGCUGCAGCCAAUGGAGAUCGCAGCAGCCCUAGCGACCCCGCGCGCUCCAACCGCGGCCCAGGAAGAGCCUGGCUGCGCAGACGGAGCCGGGGUCUCAGGGGCGCAGGGCCGCAAAACAGGGCUCCGAGAGGCCCCCGCCGGAGGACUGAGGAGCUUCCAGCCGGGGUCGCGAGAACUCUGCAGGACAGCGCGCACUCCCAUCCCGCCCGGGAGCCGGGUCUCCGUGCCCCUCCCCCCGGCCUGCCCCAGGACCGUCGGGCCGCUGCCACCCGCGAUCGGCUCAGCAGUUCACCCUCCAGGAGCUCCGGGAGGGCAUCCGACUCCGCACCGACCACGCCCCUCUCCUCCCCUCCACCCCCUGCCCGGCCCCUCCAGCCUCGCCCCUGUCCUCCACCUCCUUCGCUCCCCCACUCGGCCCCGCCCUCCGCCGCUGCUCUCGCCCUCCUCCGGCGCCUCGCAGAGCCCCAGCAUUGGCCCGACGCCUCCGCCCCCGGGGGAGCCCCAAGGGGCCCAAACAAUGCCCCGGGAGGGUCCUCCCUGCGGCCGGGCUCUCGGGCAGACACGCGCCGUGUUUCCUACGACCAAGUGGUGCGCAAGGAAGUCCGGGGACGGCGGAGGGCUCAACCAGCCCCAGGUCCCCCGGGUGGGUGCCGGGGACGGGUCCCAGAGCCGCUCAGACUGGUUGCCCACGGACUGCAGGGGCUCCGGAGCCGGCGCUCUUGGUGCUCCAGGCUGGUGCCGCUCGGGCCGGUCGCCUGCGGGGCAGCCGCGCCUGGGUCCCGCGAGUGCGAAGCAGGGGCCCCACGCGCCACGCCACACCAUGCCACGCCGUCCGGAACACCCGGUGCGCGCCCACGCGAGGCAGGGGCAACCACGGAGCGCCCCGCCCAGCGCCGCCGGGACCUGCACAAAACGAAAAUAAGCCCUCGAGGGGUGCGGAGCGAGCGAACGCGGGGCUCUUGCACAGAACCGCGAGGGUCGCCUUCGCUCGCGACAGAGAAACCCUGGCGGCCAGGGCGAUACAGGAAAAUCGUUGCUAAUGAACCUCCUCGGGCUGGAGAAAAGCUGACCGUGCCCGGCCGCGAAAUGGUGGCCUGCGGGGGUGCCCGGCCUUCUCCUCGCCCGGGCCUGUGCUUCGUGGGAGAACGACCCUGGGCGAAGUCGUUGGGCCGGGCUGCAGCACAGGGCUCAGGUUACCUCCCGGCAACUGAGCUGCGACUCCGCUACCGGGAAACGCCCUAUAGAGAGGCCCGGGCCGUUUCCGCCCCCCGACGCGGGCCGGGGGGGACGGAAAGACGCCCAGCGGCGCCCGCGAGGCGGCGUCACGCGUGUGGUAUAUAUCCCGUGUGCGCGUGA